AUGAGUACAGUCAAUGAAAUAGUACGUCCACGACCAGAAGCUACAGCAACAGGUCUUAAACGGGAAACAAAGGAAUAUUUAGAACGUGCAACAAAUCUUGAAAGAAAUCAUCAAUAUGAUGAAGCGUCUAUACUUUAUAAACGUGUUAUUUCUUUAAUUACUUCACAUGAAGGUACAUCAGCUGUUGAUGAUGAAUUAACUACGCUAAAACGCAAUACAAAUCAACGAUUACUUCAAUCAUCAUUACAUCAAAAUCGUUCAGCAGAUACAAAUGGAAUUUAUCAAAAUAUGGUUCGACAAUUAUCAGAUCAUGUUCCACAAACAUUCAAUGAACAAGAUUUAACUGAAAUGGCUGAACAAGUUUUCGAAGAUCCAUCUGCAUUUGAACCCAUGACAAAUGAUGAUAAACAAGAAGAAAGCAAUGCUGUUGUUUUAUUUCAACUUGAUGAAGGUGCUCGACUUUUUUAUAUUGCAAAAGAUGGAACAAUUCAAACAUCAUCAGAAUCAUUACCAUUAACAAUUUUUGAAAUGACUGAAGGAGGUGAAACAUGUGGAUUAUUAAAAUUAGGUAGUUGGAUAUAUCCAUUACAUCCAAAAGUUUCACCAGCAUUUAAAACAGGAUAUGAUGCAUAUAUUUUUCCAAAUAAUACAUCAGUUGGUGAAUUUGUUGGUCUUAUGUUUGAUGAAUCAGUUGUACCAGAUAUUCGUCAUUUUUUCGAAGAUAUUGUUUCUAAACUCGCAGUUUUUAUGGCACAACAAGGCACACCUACAUAUGGUGAAUCUUUAACAGCCGCUCCAACAACAACUGCAAGUGGUGCUGUUAAAUUAACUGAACAAUCAGCAACACGACCAGAAAUAAUAUCUAAUGUUACAAUUCAAACAAAAGAAGCAAGUAGUAAAAAAGCUGAAAUAAUCGGCGAAGAUGAAGUUGCUGCUGAAGAAGAAUUACCUUAUGAUAAAACAACAACAUCAGGAAAACUUGCUGCAGCUCUUAUUACUGGAACAAAAUUUUUAACAAAACAAUUAGCAACUGGUGUUGUGAUGGCUGAAAAUUUAAUUGAACAAGUAUCAAAAAAUGUUCAUGAUAAAAUCGUUCCUAAUCCUGAACCAACAAAAGUUAGUAAAAGUUUGCAUUUAACAGCACGUGGCUUACGUUCAACAUCUGUUGUUGCUGUUAAAGCAAGUAGUUAUGUUGUAUCAAAAGUUGGUGCAAUGACACUUGCAUUAGCACGAACAUUUGCUCCUAAUCUUGGUAAAGUCGAAAAAAAAGUUAAUCCAGAUGGUACUGUUGAAGCAGUUAAAUUAAGUGGUAUUCGUGGUAUUGGACAUGCUGGUUUAACCAGUUUUGGUGUUAUAUAUGAAAGUUGUGAAAAUGCCGCAAAACAUUUAGCAACAAAUAUAGCUACUGAAAGUGUUCGUGUUGUUAAACAUAAAUAUGGAGAAGAUGCUUCAAUAUUAACUGAGAAUGCAGCAUAUGCACUUGGAAAUAGUGCAUUAACAGCAUAUUAUGUUGGAGGAAUUGGUCCUAAAGCAAUUGCACGAAAAGUUGUUAAACAAACUGCUAAAGAAACCGUUAAGAAUGCAGUUACAUAA